CUGAAUAAGGGCCCGGGGAAGGGGGACCCCGGCACAGGUAAGCAGCUGCAAGCAUCUGCAGGGGCAACAGCAGCCGCGUGCUUAAAUUAGUCCCGGCACAACUGUCGUUCGCGUAACACGUAGGGAAACGGACGCUAGUCGAACGGGCGAGUUUCGCGUUUUGGUAGGCAAAAGGGAAGCGAGAGACACAUCUUGGUCGAUCGAUUGAUAUUAUUCGUUGAUUCGUUAAAGAGGAGUGCGAGUUAGAGAAGAUUUUUUCUUUUAACAUUUUGAAACGAAAACACGUGGAUCGUCAUCAACCGUGAGAGGAAAUUUUUCGUUCAGAGGGAGAGAGAAGUGGUGAGAUUCUUCGAUUCCGAGAAUUCAGUCGUUUUCUUCCUCUCUCUCUUUUUUGAAAUUUCUCGAAUUAUGAAUGAUCGAUAAUUCGCUUCUAUUCCUUGAGGGAUUCUAAGUGAAUUCUUUUCUCGACGAAACAAGGGGACGACUGUAUGGUUAAUCGUCGAGAAACUCGUAGAGAAGAAGGAAUCGUAUGAAGUUGACGGAGAGGUGAGAGCGAGCGUGCGAGCGAGCGAGCGAGCGAGCGAAGAGGAAGAAGAAGAGGAAGAAGAUGCUGUUGCUCAGGCUGAUCGUGGUAUCGAGCCUUUGUUGGGUGGCCAGGUGCGACUUAUUGGACCUGUACGUCCAACACAUGGACGAGGCCAUGAAAACUUUGGCCUACAGGAGCAGGCAUCACCGUCCAAGAGACGUAAGGAUAAGAAGAAGCGUUCGGGAGGAGCAGCCGCUUCUCAGGAUCGGCGCCACGUUCAAGAAGCAACGGUUGGACGUGGAUAAAGAUUGGUACGCGCAAUGGAAGGCGAAGAGGAAGAUCCUCCCUUACAAGGAGGACGGCCUCGACUUUCCAAACUCGAGGGAGGAAAACUUGGACCCGAAUCAACACGAGUUGGUGAACCAUAAUCCCGCUCGACUCCGAGGAGAGUCCGGGGAGGAAACGACGACGACGACGAGGAGGCGAUACGCGAUCAACAACGAACAAACGACGGACCACGAGCUCGAGAUCGAAGUUUCGAAGGAAGAAUCGACACGUCGGUCCGACCACGUCGAUACCUCGUUUCUCGAGCAACGAAUGUCGAUCGAUAAGGAGGAUCGGUCGAGGGGGAUCGAAUCACGGGAGGAGACCACCCAGACGAUGGAUUUUCGACGGGACAUCGAGAACGUGGGCAAUUCUCAAUACGAAAUUAUCGGCGAGGGAUCCAACAUCCAUCGACUCGACGACCCUAUCUUGAAAGGUAUUCCAAAGUCGCGGGACCGCGUCCCCAAGAAGUAUAUACCGGCGACGGAUAAACUGGCAAAGCUUUUUUUUCGCGGCCACGCGAAAUACGUGGCUAAUUCGGAGGAGGGGGGCGUGGACAAGAAGAACCGUGGGAGAAGGAGCGUGAAAGAGCCGAGGUUCACGAGACGCGAGAUGUUGGACGACGACGGGGAGGUCGUCCUCGAGUGGGAUCCCUCGGACGAGGAGAUGGUCACUUUCAAGGUGACCGCGAAAACCUUGGGAUACGUCGGCAUCGGAUUCAACGAGAAAAACCACAUGAAGGGGGCUGACAUCCUGCUGGCCUGGGUCGACGAUCACACGGGCACCGUCAAUCUGCUGGACUCGCACGGGAUCGAGGAGCCAGAGGCGGCUCUAGUCACGGACACGUCCCAAGAUGUCAAAGUGCUGGGCGGUUCGCAGAACCAAACUCACACGAGCGUGAUCUUCUCGCGAAGCUGGCAGACCUGCGACCCGCAGGAUCAUCGACUUACGGGAGACACGAUACGAGUUCUCUGGGCGCUUCAUUCGAGCGAUCCCGAAUUAAAUACGGCGAUUUGGCCUGGCGACAAACGCGGUGGCAGAGCUUUGAGAUUGAAAACCCCUGCUCCCCACGCGCCUCCCCGAUACACCGAGGAUAUCAAGCAUUGGGACGUGAAAUUGAAUCAACCACCGGUUUCAGACAACGUGGACACAACCUACUGGUGCAAAAUUUUCAAGGCGCCUCACAAAGAGAAGCACCACAUGAUCGGGUACACGCCACUGGUGGAGAAGGAGAACGAGGAUCUGGUCCACCACAUAAUACUGUACGAGUGCGCUUCGACCCUGCCGAUAUUAGGGCAACACGCGAGAAUCGUCGGGGCGCCUUGUUACAGUCCAACGAUGCCACGCGAGUGGGAAUCCUGUUUGCAGCCGGUGUUGGCCUGGGCGCGGGGUAGCACAGGGGAAUGGCUUCCGGAGCACGUCGGCAUCUCCAUCGCUGAGCACUCGGAAGGUUCUUAUUAUAUGCUGGAGGUGCACUACAACAAUCCGAGCAUGAGGAAGGUGGUGGACAGCAGCGGCGUACGUCUUCACCUUACCCCUAAACUUCGCCCCCAGGAAGCGGGGAUUCUCGUUGCCGGCGUUGCGGUCAGCCCCCUUCAUCUUAUCCCUCCCAAACAAAAGGAGUACGCCACCGCGGGAUACUGCACCCCACAUUGCACGCACACGAUGUUCCCCGAGAGCGGAGUGAACAUCGUUUCGGUGGUGUUGCACUCCCAUCUGGCCGGUCGGCGGCUAAGCCUGAAGCAUAUCCGUCAAGGGAAGGAAUUGCCGAGGAUAGUGGAGGACAAUCACUUCGAUUUCGAGUACCAGCAGUCUCACACUCUGGAAAAGGAAGUGAAGGUACUUCCGGGAGACGAGCUGGUGGCCGAAUGCGUUUACGGCACUCUGGAUAGGACCAAGCCCACUUUGGGGGGAUACGCAGCUUCUCAGGAGAUGUGUCUCGCAUUCGUGGUCCAUUACCCGAGAACCCCGCUUGCCGCCUGCUACAGCAUGACUCCGUUGAAACAUCUGUUCAAAACAUUGGGGGUGUACAGCUUCAAAGGCGUCACUAUGGACCACUUGGAGAAGCUCUUUCUAACGACCAGAACGGACGCCGUAACCAUCCCUUCAACCGGGCAACAACAGCUUCCUAUCUACCCGGCAACCAGGCCUAGCGAGGACAUCGACGAAGAGCUUAUUAGGGAGGCCAAGUCAGCGUUGAGGGCCGUGAAGGAUUACACUCUGGAGCAGGAUAACGAAAAUGUUUUCUCUAGAUUGAUCAUCGAGGAACCGGAAGAGUUCAGAGGUCGAACUUUGGCAGAGCACAUGCUGGCGUUACCCUGGACCGAAGAACUUCUGGCAAGGGCCAUCGAGCAGAACCUGUAUCACGGAAGGCAUAUGACUUUCUGCAGGAAGAGAGACGAUAAGCUCGCUCUGCCAGCAGACAUACAAACGUUCCCUAAUUACACGGAAUUACCGGAAGCAAAUGAAACGAUGUGCACGGAAAUGGCAAAAUUAUCCAAUGCGUCGGGGAGGAUGUCGUACCUCGAUAUCGCCACGUUCCUCGCGAUUCUAACGAUCGUCACAAUCAUGCGGCGUACGCGGUACGUUGCGUUGCCGGUGAGGGCUUGGCACUACGUCGGCCUUCUGGUGGUCUCCCUCGCCUGCCUCACCUUAGGUCUCGUCUCGAGGGACAAGGAAGGCCGUGCAGGAAGCUUGGCGGGACCCGAAUUAAAGCACCAAGCGCCUCACGAAGUGGAUGCCUGUCCUAACUUGACUCCUUUCACCAAGAUGCCUUCUUGCUCGAGCUUCGAGCAGGACCAGACCAGGAUUUCGAUGACGACCAGGCGAACUUCCAUCACACCAAAUCUCAGAUUGUCUCGAUCUCGUAGCUUGGAUCGCAUCUCAGGAGAUGCUAGGUCUCGAGAAGAUGUUAGGAGCGUGGAGAGAUCGGAUAGACGUUGGACGACGAGCAUCGAGAACAAUCUCAGGCGUAGCGCGGAAUCGAGACUUAGAGAAAGCCAAGAUCCUUCGACUCGAUCGCGAAACUCGAGGGCUGCGCUGCAGGAAAGGAGGACGUUGCUCGAGAGGUCCAUCGAUAGGCGACGCGAAAUGAACGGACGGGUAGACGAUUCACGAGACAGAGUACGGCUCACGCGAUCUUUGGAGCGGCUAGCAUCCACGGAUUUCCGUCGAGAAAGGAGCGAUCGUUCAUCGAGGGAUGCGGACAGACGAAACCGUGUGCAGUUGGGACGCGAUUCGAGAUUGGAGGAAAUUCGUAGGUCUGUUACAGUUGGGUUGGAACAACGAGGUAAUCGAGAAAAGGUUGGCCGAUUGGAUGAAAGGAGGAACGAACGACGAGAGUCUUCGAUCAGAUCGUUGAAACGGUUUGCAGAUGAAAUGGAACGACGAGAGAGGAACAAUAGGUUGAAUCUGGUACGUGAACGACGCGACUCUCGACUCGAAGCAUUCGAACGAGAUAUUAUUCGGGACUCGUCUCGCGAUCGCAGCUCGGAACGACGAAUGCUCGUAGAUUCUAAAAGAAAUUCCGAAAGGCGAUCCGCUUCCGUCGAAUCCAGGAAUCGUGAAGAAAUGAAUGGUGAUCGGAGACUUAUGGAACAGAGAGCUAAUCGUCGGCUCGUCGAACAGGGAACAGAUCGCAGACUCGUGGAACGAAGAGCUGAUCGUCGACUUAUGGAACGAAGAGCUGAUCGUGUUGGGGAACAAAAUGUUGACCGUAGACUCUCCGAAGAAAGGGCUGACCGUAGACUUAUCGAGAGAAGGAUGGAUCGUCAAGUUAUGGAACGAAGAACUGAUCGUCGUAUCAUGGACCAAAGAGUUGACCGAUCUGUAGAACGAAAAGCUAACCAACGUCUCCUGGAACAAAGAACUGAUCGCCGACUUAUGGACCAAAGAGUUGACCGAUCUGUAGAACGAAAAGCUAACCAACGUCUCGUGGAACAAAGAACUGAUCGCCGACUUAUGGACCAAAGAACUGACCGAUCUGUAGAACGAAAAGCUAACCAAUAUCUCGUAGAACAAAGAACUGAACGUCGUCUUAUGGACCAAAGAAUUGAUCGUCGAUCUAUGGAACGAAAAGCUAACCAACGUCUCGUGGAACAAAGAACUGAUCGUCGUCUCACGGACCAAAGAACUGAUCGUCGAUCUAUGGAACGAAAAGCUGGUCAACCUCUCAUGGAACAAAGAACUGAUCGCCGACUUAUGGAAUCAAAAGCUAAUCAACGUCUCGUAGAACAACGAACUGAUCGCCGACUUAUGGAACAAAGAGUUGAUCGUCGACUUAUGGACCAAAGAACUGAUCGAUCUAUGGAACGAAAAACUAAUCAACGUCUCAUGGAACAGAGAACUGAUCGUCGACUUAUGGAACCAAAAGCUAACCAACGUCUAAUAGAACAAAGAGCUGAUCGUCGACUCAUGGAACAAAAAGCUAACCAACGUCUAAUGGAACAGAGAACUGAUCGCCGAUUGAUGGAACAAAGAGCUGAUCGUCGAUCUAUAGAACGAAAAGCUAACCAACGUCUCAUGGAACAGAGAACUGAUCGCCGACUUAUGGAAUCAAAAGCUAACCAACGUGUCGUAGAACAGAGAACUGAUCGUCGUCUCAUGGACCAAAGAGCUAACCAACGUCUAAUGGAACAGAGAACUGAUCGCCGAUUGAUGGAACAAAGAGCUGAUCGUCGAUCUAUGGAACGAAAAGCUAACGAACGUCUCGUGGAACAGAGAACUGAUCGCCGAUUGAUGGAACAAAGAGCUGAUCGUCGACUGAUGGAACAAAGAGCUGAUCGUCGAUUGAUGGAACGUCGUCUCACAGAGCUAAGGACCGAUCGACGCGAUUUGAACUCAAAACGAUCUACGAGGCAAAGGGUUGACAUUGAUGGACAACGACGAACUAGCAAUACUCUUCGCGCAAAUGACAUUCGAACUAACCAAAAGGAACAAAGAGACGCUGAAAGAGCAGUUUUAAUAUUUUCUCGAGAUAGAUCCUUGAACGAUAUUAAACGAUCUCGCUCCGUAGACAGGGAAUAUGUUCGCUCCGUAGACAGAGAUUCUCGUUCUCGAAGACAAUCAAACUCCCGAGAUCUAUCGGAAGAUUCGACAUUUAUCCGAAGGCGUAUCCGAUCGUCGAGGCUUCAAGAACGCAAUUCCAGAAUUCCUGUCAAUACACGUUCAUUAGCAAUGCGAGAUAAAGUUUUAACCCAUAACAAUAACGAAUACGUACCUGGAAUGGGCGGCACGGAAUUCCUGAAACAAGAGGGUCACGUCAUUUCGUUCGAUAUUAUCCGCCAGGCAUUUGUAAUUGGUCUUUGCACAAUGUAUGGAUUAUCCAUUUUCUAUGGAAAACGUUCUUUCAUUCGCAACUUCGUGAGGCAGGCGCCACAAUUCAUUCCAUGGUAGAAUCUCAUCUCAAGAAGGAAUAACAAUUUGCUAACUUCCAAGACUUGCUUUUAAUCACUGUUUUCGAUAUAAUAUUUUUUGGCAUUGCUAUGUAUUUAACGAGAAACUGUAUAUUAAUGUACAGCUGAUAAAUGUAUCCUGCAUAGAGAUAGAAAUGUGUCGCAUGUAUUUAAAAAUAUAUAUUUUGUCCGAAUAAAUUGUUCAAAUGAAAUUAAACUGUAA